CAGAAUUUACUAAAUGAGAGUGGCCAAAAAUCCUCACACGGCCUAAUCCUAUAUAUAUACCACACAAAUAUGUCGUUACAGUUAGAAAGGGAAACAUAUACAAACACCACAUUCACCUUAAAUAAAUAAAUAAAAAACCAAAAAAAAAAAACCAAUAAUUCAUUUCCUUCACAGAUAUUAUUAAUGGCGGCGGCUGCUGCGUAUCGCGUGGAGGAGGAACAGCUCUGGAAAUGCCCCAAGCACCCCUCCAAGCGGCGGCGUCACGGCGUCUGCCCCACCUGCCUCCGCGACCGCCUCAUCAGCCUCUGCCCCAAUUGCGGAAACGUCCGCCCCUGCCCCUGCAACGCCUCCGCCGCGCUCUCCUCCGCCUCCUCUUCCUCCUCCUCCUCCUGCACCGCCGCCGAGCCCUCCUUCGCCCGCUCCCGCUCUCUCGCCAUCCCCUUCUUCCUCCGCUCCAAUCCCAGCCGCGUCCACACGGCCUCGUUUCUCUCCGUUUUUAGGCGGGCCAAGAGCAAGAAGGGCGGCGACGCCAGGAAACGCGAAGGCGACGGCGACGGCGACGGCGAUGAGAAGCAUGAUGUGAGCAAUAACAGGAUUGAGGAUUUUGCGAGGAUGAUUUCGCGGUCGAGGUCCGUCGGUGUCGGCACGGCGGCGCGUGGCUGCGACGGCAGCCCCUCGUCGGGGAAGGGAAAGUUCUGGAAUUUGAAGGCGUUUCGCAGUUCCAAGACUCCCAAGGCCGCUGAUCAAUCCACCUCCAACAAAGGGUGAUUUUUUUUAAUCUUUUUUUUUUUGGCCAUUAUUAAAAAAUUACACCAACUCUAAUAUCAUGUUCAUCUUUUAGCCAAUAUUUACAAAUAUUAUAAAUAUAGUAUGCGUUUAUUUCUAAUAUUCGGUUUAUAGUUCAAGUUAAAAUUUCGAUUAAUUAAAGCUGAUAUGUCGACUCUAGAAGCUAAUUUGGUCAUUAGAAAAAAUAUGUACAUCAGAAUUUCGUUCUCCAUCUCAGAUAAACUAUCAAAAUGUAGCACAAAAUAUUAGUACUACGGUUAGGAGCAUUGUCAUAAGUCGACACGUCAGCUUUAAUUGCUCGAAAUUUUAAUUUGUGCUAUAAACUUAAUAAUCGAAAUAAAUAUAUACUAUAUUUGUAAUAAUAUAAAUUCAAAUUAAAGAUGAAUAUGGGUUUAAGUUUGGGAUAUUUUUUAGUAAUAACUUAAUUCUUUUUUGUGGCAUACAAAUUUAGUAUGCCGACAUUUUCAAAAUUUUCCAUUGUUUUUUGGUUUUGAUUUUAUAUGAAUGUAAUUAAUAGCGUAUGAAAAGGCUGUGUAUGUCUUAAUGUAAAUAUGUCUGGAAAUAUGGUCCAAUGUUCUGUUAA